AUGACAUCAUGCUCAUAGUGAUGACUCCAGAACCCCUGGUCUGGAGUAGGCCUAUGGGUCCAAAGCUGGUGAUGUCAUAGUAGCGCCUGUAGCAUUCUAAACACCCCAGAUUGAACAGAGAUGUUUACAGCAAAGCAAUGAGUAAGCAAUUCAGUAGAGAAACGCGAGUCAUACAGAGGCGUGAGUGUGAUGAGCUCAUGGAGGCAGCCAGGCAGCAGCUGUCCUCAGAACAUGAGCACAUGGACACCAAGUCCCAGAUAGACAUUGACAACACUGAAAAGGGAAGACAGAAGGCACAAGAAAAUAUAAGAAAAAAAAUUGAGGAUGCCAAAAAGACGUGGGAGUACAAAUGUAAAAAACUGAUGAUGGAUAUUGAGGCAGAAAAAAUGAGAGCAAAGGCGAGGCACGAGAAAGUGCUUAUGAAGUUCUCCACAGUAAAUCAGACACCAAAAAGGCUUUCUGCUGAGAAGAAAGUCCUCAAGGCUGAUGAGGUUAUGGAAGCUCAAGAGCCACAAGUUCCUCCUCCAUCAACCUUGUCGACUCAGGCUCCAGACAUAACAGUGAAGAACGUUCUCCUGCCAUCUUCUAGAUGUUUGGCUGUUGGCCAGCAGCGUCUGACAACAGCUCCAAAACCUGCUGCGGUUUCUGCAUCUUUGGCAGGCACACAGUGUCUCCCUGCUACUAAGCUCAGAGAAAUACUUCCAGUGCCUGACAAACAGAAGGAAAGACAAAAGACACAGGAAAAUAGGAGACGAAAAAUUGAGGAAGCCAGAAAGACACUGGAGAAAUAUAAAAAACUGGAGAUGGAUAUUGAGAGAGAAAAGUUGAGAAUAAAGACAAAGCAGGAAAAAAUGCUCAUGAAGAUCUCCACAAAACAUGAGACAUCAAAAAUGCUGGAUAUGAAUACAAUGGAAAAAGACACAGGGCAAAGAGCUAACCAUCUAGAAACUCCCUUGGACAGAGACACAAAGCAAGUGGUUGAAGGAGAGAUGAAGGAUGGGAAAGCAAAGGACAUGGAAGAGCUGGAGAAAAAGAAAAAGUCACCAGAGAUGAAGAUAAAGGCUUCUGACAUACACAUCAAACCCGCAAGAGACUAUAGCGCUCAAAAUGCCGAAGUCCAACAACAGGCUGAAAAUCAACACGCAGUGAUGAUGCCCACUGAGAAGACCACCAGAAAGAGCAAUGGGUUUGAAGGAGAGAUGAAGGAUGGGGAAGCAGAGGACAUGGAAGAGCUGGAGAAAAAGAAAAAGAAAAAGUCACCAGAGAUGAAGAUAAAUGCUUCUGACCUACACACCAAACCCGCAAGAGACUAUAGCGCUCAAAAUGCAGAAGUCCAACAACAGGCUGAAAAUCAACACGCAGUGGUGAUGCCCCCUGAGAAGACCACCAGAAAGAGCAAUGGGUUUGAAGGAGAGAUGAAGGAUGGGAAAGCAGAGGACAUGGAAGAGCUGGAGAAAAAGAAAAAGACACCAGAGAUGAAGAUAAAGGCUUCUGACCUACACAUCAAACCCGCAAGAGACUAUAGCGCUCAAAAUGCCGAAGUCCAACAACAGGCUGAAAAUCAACACGCAGUGGUGAUGCCCACUGAGAAGACCACCAGAAAGAGCAAUGGGUUUCCUCUCGGAAGCAUCAUGGGUAAAUUAGUCAAGAAGACCAAGGCAUGGGGCUCGGAGAAAGUGGAGAAGAGGAAGCAAAGUGAGCUGGAGGAGGAGAGAAAGCUCAAGGAAAUAGAAAUGCGGGCUGUUGAAAACCUCAGACAGAGGCAGUUAGCCAGAGAGAAAGAAGAAGAAGAAGUCCUCAAGGCUGCUGAGGUGAGGGAAGCUCAAGCUCUACAAGUCCCUCCUUCUCCAUUAACCUUGACUCAGGCUCCUGACACAACGAUGAAGAACAUUCUCCCAAAGUCUUCUGGAUGUCCAGCUGGUCGUCAGGGUUUCAAUACAGCAGAAAAAGCUGCUGUGGUUACGGCAUCUUUGGCAGACAUCUCCAUUCUGGCAGGCGACGCGUGUUUUGCACAGGCAUCCUCUCCAUCUCUAAAGAGUCUGGAAAAACCUUUGGCCACAGCUGCUGUGAAACAGCCUGCUAUCGUUAAGAUUGCUGCAGGAAAGGAAGAGUCCGCUAAAGUUGUGCCUGGACAAAAUUGUGCACUAGCUGGCCAGGGGACUAAAAAGAUGUCAAAUGGCACCUCAAAGGGUGCUCCAAAGACACCAGCAAGGGCACCAAAGAUUCCCAACAGUGUCACGAAACUGCUGACUGUUGAAACGCCAGUGGGUACACCGUACAACCAAUGCAUAGAUUUCUCCAUCUUCUGCAGGCAGAAGUGAAGUUUUUUGAUGGGAGGCAUCAACCAGCAGAAAUGCAUAAUGAUACAUUAUGAUACAUGAUACAUUACUGUAGUCGUCCUGGUGAUACACAAAUUAUUUUUCUUCUACUCACUUACUCAAGGAUUGGCAUAUACGUAUAGACAAAUAUAUACCUAUUUUACUUAUUUACCCAUAUAUAACCAUAAACAAGUUAACAAUAAACAAAUACCCAGUACAUCUCUAGGCAUAUACAAAAGCACACAUGAAAAUAAAUAUCUAAGCAUACAAAAAAUAAAUUUUGCAUUUAAAUGCAUUAAAAAAAAAAAAAAAAACUGGUACAUGCCUCUUUCUUUAAUAGAAUAAUUUAAUUGUUGGAGGAUCUUGUAAGCUUCAGGCAUUUAGUUACAUUGCACUUCAUAUUAAACUGAUCUUGUAUUACAAACAUCCUCACUGCAUGGACCAUAUAACAGUGUAAGGAGGAUCUUUUCAAACUCAUGCAGACUCUGUAGAAGGUGAAAAGACUUUUAUGCAGUGGGAUGAGCCAAAAUCAGAUAGCACAAGGGUGGCUUG